GUGGUGGGAAGGGGCGGGAUUCUGCCAGCCGCGGCUGCCGCUGGAGCCGGUGUCCGGGCUGGUGAUGGGGUUAAUUCCCUUUCGUAAGACUCUUACUUGCACCCACCCAGCCCCGCCGUCGCCCCGCCGCGCCGCGCUCCAACCGCCUCCUCCUCCUCCUCCUCCUCAGUAACGCGGAUAUUCUGGGUGGUGACUGGCUAGAGUGUUACUGACAUCACAACAUACAGCUGUUGACUUUCUAUUGUCUCUGAGUCCUCGGCAAGUGCUUUAGACUGCUCUAGCAGCACUCUCCCAAUGCCUGACUAAUCAGCUGGCUGUGUGUGCCGUGAGCUCUGUAGAGGAGCAAUGCAGAGCAUCAGUUUACAGAUACUAUGGAAAGUACAUCUUCAUUCACUCUGUAUGAUGAAGCGAACACCAGUACAAUGAAGGCCACUGAAAGGUAUGAUACAUUUGAUCCACGACAGUCCAUUUCAGCCUGGGAAUCUACAGUGGUGACAAGGACAUGGGACUCCUCCUGCCAGAUUCCAGAUGGUUCAAUACACUUGACAUCCUGGCUGACAACUGUGAAAAAGAACCUUGGAUUACUUUAUUUUAUUUUUGUGGGACACCACAAUCCCAAUUCCAUAGGAUACGUCAGGCUUCGAGUUCCCUGUAGAAUUCUAAAAUAACCUUUGCUGAUGAGGAUGUCUGAUACUGUUACUGUAAAAAAUGAAACUGAAACAAUGAAGGAUUUGGAGGCAGAAGUGAAAGAUACAACUAGAGUUGAAAAUCUUAUCAAAUCAGAAAACUAUGGGAAGAUUUUGGCAGAGAAGAAUGAACGUUGUAUUGACAACAAUAUUGAUUUGCAGCGGCCAUUGCAGUCAUUUGGACAGACAGGAAAAAGGUCUAAGUCAAGCUCAAAGUUAAAGCUAGUUCGGAGCCUUGCAGUGUGUGAAGAAUCUCCACCACCCCCUACAGCUGAGAUAUCACAGGAGAACCAGGAGAAAAUUCAGAUCCAGUUAACGCAAUCAUUUGAAAAAGAGGAGAAGCCCUCAAAAGAUGAAGCAGAAAAAGAAAAAGCCAGUGAUAAGUUGCCCAGAAAAAUGUUAUCAAGAGAUUCCAGUCAAGAAUACACUGAUUCAACUGGCAUAGAUCUACAUGAAUUUUUAGUAAAUACAUUAAAAAACAAUCCCAGGGACAGAAUGAUGCUGUUGAAAUUGGAACAAGAAAUUUUAGAUUUCAUUGGUAAUAAUGAGUCUCCACGUAAAAAAUUUCCCCCAAUGACAUCUUACCAUAGGAUGCUAUUACACAGAGUAGCCGCUUACUUUGGAUUAGACCACAAUGUUGAUCAGAGUGGGAAGUCUGUCAUAGUCAACAAAACGAGUAAUACAAGAAUACCUGAUCAGAAAUUCAAUGAACAUAUUAAGGAUGAUAAAGGUGAAGAUUUUCAGAAACGAUAUAUCCUCAAGAGAGAUAACUCCAGCUUUGACAAAGAUGAUAACCAGAUGAGAAUACGUUUGAAAGAUGACAGAAGAAGCAAAUCUAUAGAAGAAAGGGAAGAAGAGUACCAGAGAGCUAGAGACCGAAUAUUUUCCCAAGAUACUUCUCAGAGACUUGAAAUUUUAAGAACAUUGGUCAUAGUCUACAAAAUCAUGUACUCUAAAUUCUUCUCGUCCCUGUGUUCCCAAGAGAAUUAUAUUAUUGACAAAAGAAUCCAAGACGAAGAUGCUAGUAGUACCCAGCAGAGACGUCAGAUAUUUAGAGUUAAUAAAGAUGCUUCAGGGAGAUCAACAAAUAGCCAUCAAAGCAGCACUGAGAAUGAGCUGAAGUAUUCUGAACCACGACCCUGGAGCAGUACGGAUUCCGACAGUUCUCUCCGAAACUUCAAGCCUGCUGUAACCAAAGCCAGCAGCUUCAGUGGAAUCUCGGUCCUGACAAGAGGUGAUAGUUCUGGGAGCAGCAAAAGCAUAGGCAGGCUUUCAAAAACAGGUUCUGAGUCUUCUGGUAGUGUAGGGUCAUCUACGGGCUCUCUUUCUCACAUCCAGCAGCCUCUUCCAGGUACAGCUCUCAGCCAGUCUUCUCAUGGCGCACCUGUCGUCUAUCCAACUGUCAGCACUCAUAACUCUCUUUCCUUUGAUGGUGGCCUAAAUGGGCAAGUCGCAUCUCCUAGCACUAGCUUCUUUUUGCUUCCCUUGGAAGCGGCAGGCAUACCACCUGGCAGUAUUCUGAUCAACCCACAAACAGGUCAGCCCUUCAUAAACCCAGAUGGAAGUCCAGUUGUGUAUAAUCCUCCUAUGACUCAACAACAAGUUAGAACCCAAGUGCCUGGACCUCCACAGCCGCCUCUGCCACCCCCACCACCUCAACAACAAGCAGCUAAUCACAUUUUCUCACAGCCUGUUCGUCCUCUGCAGUCCUCUUCACAGCCUGUUCAGUACUCUACAGCCCCUUACCCAUCCCCGCUCCUGCCAGUCUCACCCACCCAGCAAUACUCCGUGCAGGACAACCUUGGGUCUCAGUUUAGCCACAUGAGUCUUGCCCGCCAGCCAUCUGCAGAUGGUUCUGACCCUCAUGCCACCAUGUUCCAGUCCACUGUUGUUCUACAAUCCCCACAGCAGUCUGGUUAUAUCAUGACGGCAGCCCCUCCACCACCACCACCGCCGCCGCCGCCACCUCCUCCUCCCCCCCCACCCCUGCCCCCCGGGCAACCAGUCCCUACUGCUGGCUAUUCUGCCUCAGGCCAUCCUGUCAGCCAGCCUGUGCUGCAGCAGCAGGGAUAUAUUCAGCAGCCCUCACCACAGAUGCCAGCCUGUUACUGUGCUCCAGGCCACUAUCACUCCAGUCAACCUCAGUAUCGCCCAAUCCCUUCUGUCCAUUACAAUUCACAUCUAAACCAACCACUGCCACAGCCUGCACAGCAGACAGGUUAUCAAGUUAUACCCAACCACCAGCAAAACUACCAAGGACUAGUUGGAGUUCAGCAACCCCAGAGUCAGAGCCUAGUUGGUGGCCAACCCAACAGCAUUGGAAAUCAGAUCCAAGGAGUAGUCAUCCCAUAUCCUUCAGUGCCAUCAUACCAGGUUUCACUGCCUCAGAGUUCUCAAGGAAUUGCCCAUCAGACUUAUCAACAGCCUGUUAUGUUCCCUAAUCAGUCUAAUCAAGGAUCUAUGCCAACAACCGGAAUGCCAGUUUACUAUAGUGUCAUUCCACCUGGCCAACAAAAUAAUUUAAGCUCAUCAGUAGGUUACUUGCAACAUCCAGGAUCAGAACAAGUACAGUUUCCUCGAACUACUUCACCAUGCAAUUCCCAGCAGCUUCAAAGCCACCAAUGUGCAGCUGUGCCACCUCCGCCCCCUGGUGGAGGAAUGGUGAUGAUGCAGCUCAAUGUACCAAACAAUCCACAAUCUCGAGCCCACUCACCCCCGCAGUGGAAACAAAACAAAUAUUACUGUGAUCACCAGAGAGGGCAGAAGUGUGUGGAAUUUAGCAAUGUAGACAAUAUUGUUCAGCACAGCCCUCAACUCAGUAGUCCCAUUAUUUCACCAGCUCAGUCGCCAGCACCAGCUCAGCUGACCACUCUGAAAACUGUCCGUCCCUCUGGACCACCCCUUUCCAUCAUACCUCAGUUUUCUAGACCUUUCGUACCGGGGCAAGGAGAUGCCAGAUAUCCAUUACUUGGCCAGCCUCUGCAGUACAACCCUCCUGCUGUUCUGCACGGACACAUUCCAACCCAACAGGGUCAAUCUGGCAAUAGGCAUGGAAAUCGAGGAAGGAAACAAGCUAAAAAAGCUGCAUCCACUGACCUUGGUGCAGGAGAAGCAGUUGUUGGGAAGGUCUUGGAAAUUACUGAACUACCAGAUGGAAUAACUCGCAUGGAAGCAGAGAAGCUUUUUGGGGAACUCUUUAAAAUUGGCGCCAAGAUCCGGUGGCUCCGGGACCCUCAAUCCCAGCCCCAGCUGCGUCGUCACCCACUCUGCUGUGGCAGCGGGGACAACGCCGUCAACCCUGAACGCUCUAAGCCCAGUGACUUGGCCUCCACAUAUACCGUCUUAGCCACAUUCCCCUCCAUUUCAGCUGCACAGAAUGCAUUGAAGAAACAAAUUAACUCGGUUAACAAGUUUAAGCUGAGAACAAGCAAGAAGCACUAUGACUUUCACAUUCUGGAAAGGGCAAGUUCUCAGUAACAGAGCCACCCCGGACCCUUGGCCUUUAUGAUUCCCCUGUCCUCACCCAUCUUUAAUUGGCUUGGUAUUUGGAGCUUCUGUUAACAUGAUAGAGACUCCUAGGACGUGUGGUCAUGGCGUUAUAGCUUUUGAAGACAGGCCAGUGAUCCAGCAAAAGGGGAGAAUUACACAUUUCACCCCAAAUGACUUUAGGAAUCCACAUCGGAAUGAUACAGAGUUAGCAGCUUUUUCUGAGGAAAUGCUGUUCAAAUGCCUCCUAACUUUUAUAGUUAUUUUGUUUUAUAUUUCUGAAUUCUUGUAUCAGAUCCAAAGCUCUAUUGUACAGCAAAUUAUUCUUCAAAGUGAUUACAACCAGUUGCAACCUGUAUUUCUUUUUUGCAGCCAGCACAAUGUGACCCAACAUAGAAUUUGGGGGGAAAAGAAUGCAGGAGUGGAAUAACCAAGUCAAAACCAUGUACUGUCUUUUUGGGGGGCUGGAGGGUGCCUAAGGAGAGCCCACAAAUAGAAGAUUACUCUUCCCCUGUAUCUCUAAACACAAACAAGUUUCAGAAAAUACAGAGCUCCCUUGUAGGGUCCUUUUCUUAUUCAUUCAGGUAGUAUGAACAUUAAGUGUAAAGUAAAUUAUGUUCUUAACACUUCUUAAUCAAACCACUUAGAUUCAAAGGGGAAUAGGAAUCAUUUUAAGCAGGAAAAUACUUCCACUUUUUUUUUUUUAAGCCUCCCUCUGAUAACUAAAUGCCACUAAUUUGCAUUCCCCUCCUUGUGGAUUUUUUGUCACCUAAGGAAAUGCAUUUGAUGAGUGCUGGAAACUUCUUAAGUGGUUUAAAAUUUGUUUUCAUUGUUUGCAGCGGAUCACUGGACAUCAAAGAUUCAUUGCACUUAUGAACAAGGAACCUUUUUUUCAAUUUCUGUGUAAUUUGCAAGGCUGUACAAUGUGUGCUGAUGCAAGCCUUUUUCAGUUCAAGAGAAUAAAUGUUUACAAAUAUAGACCCA